GCACGAGUACAAAUGCGAACAGUACGACUUGGCGGCGCAGCGACUUUUUUGUAGAGGCGGACGUACGUCGCUGCCGUUGCUUUUCUGCGUGUGAAAAAAAGUGAGCGACUCAGCGCGCAGUGUAAGUAGCCGAACGGUGAACGUCACAAGAAGUUUAUCCGAUUUUUGACUCGGUAUUUGGAGCUAUGCUUGUGUAGAAGGGUGCGAGCUGCACGACGACACUUUAACCAAGGGGUAGAGAUAACACGCGCGAACUCGAGUACCUAGGAGCUCACAGAUUCUGUGCUACGGUUUUUCAUGUGUCGUACACUGUUCAAAGGUGUUGUAGCGAUAGCGAUAACAGUAGCAACAGUAGCAGCAACAGCAACAUUAGCACAUUAUGAGGACGGUCGUUGAGCGCUAGGAAGAUGUUGGUAAGCAAAAGAGAAAUACGCUCAUGGCCGCUGCUGCAACCGCUGCUCGUCCUGAUGUUCCUCUUCCUCUUCCAUAGUUGAAACGUGCGUGAGAAGGAGGAUAGAAGAAGGCUGUGCGUAUAUAUGUGAGAACGUCUAUAUACGUCGGAGAGAGUUUGCCUACCUUUUUCAUUGCCGCGACGAUGUUGUCCACGUAGCGCCCAAGACUUCCCAAAAGUUUUAUUUUUUGCACUCGCACGCCUCGGACUUUAGUUAUUGCUGUUGAUACCUCGCACGCCAAGGCCUCUCUUUCGAUCCCCCGAGAUCCUGAAAAUCCGCAUAGUUUAACAGGAAUUUGGCAACUAGCAGUGGCCCCUCAUUGAAAGGAUUCUCAAUUGUGGAGUCAUGUCUUGUAAUGUUUUGCAGGGGGACGAUCCGCCUUAUUUGUCGGUGGGCACUGAAGUUAGUGCCAAAUAUAAGGGAGCUUUCUGCGAGGCAAAAAUUAGAAAGGUUGUGCGCAGUGUAAAAUGUAGGGUAACUUACAAACAAGGCUUAGGUACAGCCACUGUCACUGAUGAGCAGGUCAAAGGAACUUUGAGAGUGGGUGCUUCCGUUGAUGCUAGACAUAAUGAUAGGAAGGAAUUUGUCGAGGCGACUAUUACAAAGAUUCAGGACUGUAGUCAGUAUACUGUUGUGUUUGAUGACGGAGAUAUUACAACUUUGAGAAGAACAGCCUUGUGUCUCAAAAGUGGAAGACACUUUGCGGAAAGUGAAACAUUGGAUCAGCUACCACUCACGCAUCCAGAACAUUUUGGAAAUCCUGUCAUUGGCGGAAGACGUGGACGAAGAUCCAGACAAACUCAAGAUGACAGUAGUGAUGAUGAAGAAGAUCCUCCAAGAGGUAGCAAUGAUUCAGGAUCUGGUUCUGGAGGAAAAGAAGGACCAGAGACAGAACCAGAAAUUGGUAGAGUGGUAUGUGUGGAACUUGGAGAUAAAAAGAAAAAAGAUAACUGGUUCCCUGGAUUAGUUGUUGCUCCAACUGCUCAAGACACUGUUAGAAUUAGAGUUCGUGAUGAUUACCUUGUGAGAUCAUUUAAAGAUGCUAGAUAUUAUACAGUGCCAAAAAAAGAAGCUACAGAAUUUACUAAGGAAUUGGUCAAUAAAGUGGAAAAUAGUGCUUUAAAAGUAGCUGUAGAAAAGGCUUUAUUAUUUUUAGAGAAAAACGAGUUACCUCCUCAUUGGGAUCGAGAUUCGUUAUUUGGUAAUUCAGUAUCAAGUGGAAAUAGUGACUCAGAUGGAGAACUUGACACAGACAGCUCGGAUGACGAACCGCGAGAGGAGAAAGAUCACUUCGUCGCACAACUAUAUAAAUUCAUGGAUGAUCGUGGCACACCCAUUAAUAAUUGUCCUAUGAUCGGCAAUGAGGACAUCGAUUUGUACAGGUUAUUUCGUGCUGUAUACAAACUGGGUGGUUACAAUCGCGUUACCAAUCAAAACCAAUGGAAACUGAUAACACGGCGUCUUAGUUUCUCAAUGCAUAAUAGUUCAUCUACUCACAAUUUAGUAAAACAAGCAUAUAAAAAAUUCCUUCAUUCCUUUGAGGACUUCUACAGAAAGUUGGGUUGCACGAUGGUGAAUCAUCCAAGAGGCAGUAUAAGGAAACAACGUCCAGGUCGCAGUUUGAUUCGUGAUAAAGACAGAAAUACUCCAGUACCAACUCAAGAAAAGCCAGUUGUAAAAACAGAAAAGGAAGAUGAGGAAAAAGAAAAGAAGAGCACUGUAGUGGUUGAUGAAGAAAUUAAAAAGGAAAAACGAGAUAUUAAAAAAGAGCCAAUCCCUAAAGAGGACGAGCUACAAGUAAAAGUAAAACGAAAAGAAGAACCAGCAGAGGAGAGUGCCAGUGGCCAAGAUAGUGAUGUUAAUAUCGAGGGUGAAGAGUCUUCAAGCAGUGAGAAAUCACAGAAAAGUAUGAUGAGAUUGACUCCAUCAAGUGGCAUUGGAAAUAAAUCCAAAGUUGUCGCUAUGGCUAACAUCUCUGCUAAGAAUAAGGAAGAGACAUCGAAAAAAAAAACUGUCCCAGAGAAAAAGAAGGCGGCUGAAAUAAAAAAGCAAGAAAAGAAGGACAAUGAGAAAAUCAAAGAGGAGGACAGUACAAAAACUAGGUCUAAAUCAAAGGAAGACGUAAUGAAAGUAAAUAAAUCGAAUCCUUCAUUAGAGACUCGGGAGACAAGAACACCUUCAAGAGAGUCGGACAAAAAAGUUUUCACGAAACAGAGGAGAAUGACCGAUGAAGAACUAAAGAAACGAGGGAGAAAAAAGAAGGAGGUAGAGGGUGAAAAGGGACGGGCACUCGAAGAGCGAUCUAUUGAGUAUGCGCCUAGUUAUAAAGGACCAGUUGAAAUCGGCGACAGACUUAAAGUAUAUUAUGGACCGACCCACGAAUCUAAAGUUACUUAUGAAGCUAAGGUUAUCGAUAUGGAGAAAGAUGGUACAGAAGCUGUAUACUUAGUUCACUACACUGGAUGGAACACCAGAUACGACGAAUGGAUAAAAGGCUCACGGAUUGCUCAGAACUUUACCCAAGCCCAAGGUCGAGUAAAGCGUACGAAGGCAACUACUCGGCCGCAAACUCCCAGCACAAGUUCCACUACAAUAACCAAGUCCUCAAAAACGGCAACGGCACCGAACGCAGGUACCGGCGCGGCUUCGUCUGCAGCUGCACAAAAUCGUCGUCGAGCGCAUAGUGUCGCACCUCCAGGUGCUCCUUCUCAAUCGAACAAAGAAUUGCGAAAGGAGGAGCGUGAAAGCACGCCGGUGAUCCGCUCGAUGACACCCUCACCGCUCACCUCCUGCAUCUUGCGCACAAAGAGCCCUGCGAUGACGAUAAGCAAUAGGACGACGCGAUUGACGCGCAACACCGAUACGACUUCGACGAAUGAGUUACCGAGGCGCACGCGGCGGACCUCGGGUCACGUAGAUGCAACUGUUGUAGAGGAGUCAGAAAGCGAGGAUACGGACACGCUCGAGUCGGAUGUGAGUGCAGAGGCUACUCAGGCACCUUUAAGGUCACGAAUGAAGGGUACGCAGGAGAGAAAUCGCCGAGAAGCGCGACGUCGAGCCGAAAGCCGUAUGAAGAUUGACGAAACAAGCGAUGCCGAGGCGGAGAAAGAUGCAGAGGAGCCACGAAGAGGCAGAAGGUUGAGAAAGACCAUCGGCAAGAUGCAGGAGGUCAAAUCCGAGCCAGAAAGCGACGAGGAACAGCCCAAGGGCAGGGAUUUUGAUCUUAAUCAGAUUAGAUCGGAACUCAAAGGCUUUGAUAAGGCUGUUAAGUUGGAAAUUGCAAGUAUUGGACCCGAACCAGAAGAGGAGGGUGGGGAACGAUCGAUUAUACCUGUUAAGCAGGAAAAGCUCGAGACGGAAAAUUUCGCAGAAAAGAAGAUAAUUUUGGAACCAGAGAAAAAGCGUGAAAUCACAAAGAUUGAAUCACAAAGUACUACUUCUAUAAAAGGAGAAUCUACUAAAAUUGAACCAACCCAAUUAGAAAAUACUGAGGAUAUUUAUGAAUUUAAAGAACCUGAACCGUUCGAAUUUGAGGUGCGCAAUAAGCGAGAUUCGGGUGGUACUAUUAGUAACAUUGACAAGGAUAAAGAUAAAGAUAAGGAUAAGGCAAAGAAACGUGUAUUUGAAGAAGAUUUGAAGAGUCCUAAAAAGCGUCAAAAAACAUUUAACACUACAAUCACUCCGGCGAAAGCAGAGUCAAAAUCAGAUAGUAGUCCAACAGAAAAUACAGACAGCAAGAAAAAACCUCGUAAAAUAUUCAAGAAGAACGAGGAAACGGAAGAAGCUGAUGUCGAGAGUGAAGACACUUCGAUUACAACUAGGGAACUUUCUAAGUUCUUUCCAACAAAUUAUAGUGGAGUAGUAGUAUUCAAGCGUAAGGGUUCUUUUGCUAAUGCUGCACGUAAUGCCGAUGAUUCCUUCACUGACGAUAUCGUUUCUACUGAUAAUUUGACUGAAGACAAGGAUAAAUUGAAAAAAAUUAUUAUAAUAGAAGAAGAAAACAGCAAAAGUCCAAAGAAAAGGCAGUCAAAAGCUUUCACUUGUAUCGGUGCAACUAAGGCUAGUGAACUGAAGAUUGAACUCUCUACUCUUGAGAACUCUGAUGGAAAAAAGAAAUUACGCAAAAUAUUCAACAAAAGGACGGAUGAAAUGGAAGAUAACGAAGAUGGCGAAGACUGUAAUAAGGAACUUACCAAAUUUUUUCCAAACUUCAUGGGUGCGAGAGUUUCACCGCGAAAAGACGCUUAUACAAGUAAAAUGGCGAUAGAAAUUGAUGGGACUGAUGAUAAUACGCUCAGCGAUAAUAACGAAAAACCUAAAAAAAUUACGGAGGAGGAUAUAGUGAAAAAUCAAAAAAAGAGACAGAAGCCUUUCGGAUCUAAUCCUACUGAUGCUAUUGAUACGAAGAAGAAACCUACUCGUAAAAUGGUCAGUAAGAAAACCGAGGAGGUUGAAGGUACGGACGAAACUGAAAGCGAUGAAGUUGAAGAAUCGAUGACAACGAGAGAGCAUCAUAAAUAUUUCUCGCAUUAUUCUGGUCCGAAGACGAAAGCGGCAGUUGCCAAUAUCAAUGAUACAGAAAACCCGCCAGAUCGCCUCACUGUAACCAAAACAGAGACUCAAGUGAAUGAACCUACUAAAUUAUUUGCAAUCACUGGUAAUGCAUCGUUGAAUAACGAUAAGGACGAGACACAAUUUAAAACAAGUGAAGUGAUUACAACACUACCGUUAUCACCGCUAGAUUCUAAACAAGGUUCAGCUGGUACUGAUAAGAAGCCUUUGCCAGGCAAAAAUGACAUAAAGCAGGAGUUGAAACCGUUAGAUUUCAUGCCAAUUGUUACACACGCAUUAUCUGUUCCGGCUCCAAUUAGUGCUCGACUACCAGCUACAGCAAGUAUCGAAGAAAAACUUUCGGCUGCUGCGGUAUUCCGCAGUAAACUAAAGGAUACAAAGAAGGAAGAGGAUUCGGAAACGAUAUCGAGAAAAUCUCUUAAAGAUAAUACGAAAAAGUCGGAAGCUACAUUCGUAAAGAAGACAAAAGAUGAUACCAAAAUUAAGCAUGAACCUGAUAAGAAAAAACAGCACCAGCAACAGUCCAUUGAUCAAAUUAUCAUUAAAAAAGAUCCAUUGCAGGAAAUGGAAGUGCGUAAGGAUCCAUUACUCGAGGUUAUGAAAAAAAAGGAAGAAGAGUUUAAAGCCUCUGUGAAUGUAACAAUCACAACGAACAUAGCUGCGGUGAAUAAGACGUAUAGUGGACAAAAAAAGGAUAUCGUGACAAAAAUUGAGGAAACAUGGAAGAAAGCAGCCGCCGUCGCAGCAGCAGUGAAUACGACAGCAACGUGCACUAGUGUCGAAGAACUCGUGUGUGAGUUAGCACCCGCCGAAACUAAUAAGGAUUAUGUCAUAGUGCAUAAAGAGACGAUUGUCAAUAAGAUUAAGUCAAGCAUUGAUAGAGACUCGAUCGACUCAACCGACAGCAGCGAUUCUGAAAGACGACUUACCAUCAUCGACAGCGAAGAUUUUCCGGAUGACAAGUGUAAUGAGUCUAGUUCCGAUCUCAAGAUUAAGACAGCGUCGUCAGUGAGCACUACUCCGUUUAACUGUAUAACGCAACAAGAGCAUGCAAAUGAUUUGAAUCAACAAAUCGGUAUCAUCGGAGUUGUUGGAGCUAUGUUGCAGACCAAGAAUGCAAAAAUGGAAGAAGAUGGGGAAAACUUGAACUCGCUCUUAUGUGAAGAGGAAAUACCUGGUUCGCCAACACCCGGCUCCGAUUCUAUGGAGCAAGAGCACAAAACUAUCAACACACAAAAUCUUAUUAAGACUGAUAUCGGGAGCAAAGUUGCCGUUGCAUUUGUGGCGGCACAAAUGCCACUGAGUACCAUGACAUCAGCAACUCAGUUAGCAAAUUGUGCCAUGGUAGCAACAAUGAGCGGUGGUGUUCCGAUGCCUCAGAGCACUAGUGGUCUUGUAACUGUUUCGAUGACUGUUCAACAUGCCAGUGUCCAACCAGUGCGACAGCCACAACUUCAAGUGCAACCACAACCGCAACAACAGUUGCAUCAUCAACAUCAUCAUCAUCAUCAUCAGCAGCAGCAGCAGCAGCAGCAGCAACAACAACAGCAGCAAGUGCUUCAAAUGCAACCACAGACGCCGUCGCUAUCGCAGAUUCAACAUCAGCAUCAACAGCAAUUGCAUCAUCCUCAACAACAGCAUUUACAUCAUUCUCAGCUGCACCAGCAACAACAACAGCAACAGCAGCAAAUACUACAUCAUCAUCAGCAACAUCUGCAUCAGCAUCAACGACACGAGCAGCAUGAACAAGCAGUGGCUGCCGUAGCUGCGGCAGUAGCAAUGCCAGUGGCAGCGGUGCAUCAUAGAGAAAGUAAUGAGGCCGCACCGGUAAUGGAUAACACUCCGCCAACAACGCCUGACUCUAGUAUAUCCAACAUUUCUGGCUCCCCAAGAGAUGAAAGGACGGGAGGUCUAACACCUUCUUCCGAGGAUAAUAAUUCUAAGACGAACCGCGAUAGUUCCGAAGCUGAAAAUGACCUUGGUGGCAAAGGACCAGGUUUCAGCGAAGAUGAUGGUUCGUCUCUCAUCAACUCAGAGCACGGAAAUACCGGCGGCGGUGCCAGCGGUGUAUCCAUUUCCACCUCCACUUCCGUUACCUCCGACAGAAUACCCAAGGUCCCAGCCAAACGCUCUCUCGUAGAAAUCGAGGUUACCUCCCCAAAAAAGCGUAAAAAACGAAAGGAACCAGAAAGCACUACAACGGGCAGUCAGAACAGUUCUUCCGGAAAGAAGUCUCCUAGGCAGAGCACCCGAAAUACUAGGCAUGGCACCGGCAGUGACAGUGAUGACACCAGCGAGGGCUCGAACCUUUGCGGGAACAAUCCCAUGUUACAGACAAGUAUCGCGACAGUAUCCGGAGUUGGGACUGCAACCGGAACCAACAGUUCUCUCCCUGGCAUCAACAAUCCCGACAAUACAGAUCAUGGAAUGUUUUCAGCGGGAUCGCCUAGGCCAACCAAAUACAACUUCCUGAUUGAAUUAGAUCCUGAUUUAGACGGAGGCCAAAGGAUAGCAGCCUUACAACAAAAACUUACAGAACUACGUAAUACUUAUAAUUCUGUAAAAGUAGAACUUGCUGGUAUAGAAAGGCGUAGGAAAAAAUUAAAAAGAAGAGAGCGAGAAGCACAAAAAGCGGCAAAGGCUGAAAUGCAACAAGCGUGCUCGUGAUGGGAACGAUAGUGAUAGUUGUGACCUGUAUUAUGUACAA